CUAUCCGCUCCCUCUCCCGUUCUUCAUGCCUUGCAGCAAGUCCGCUACGGAUCGCGAGGAACGGAGUAUCAGCCCUCGCAGCGGAAGAGAAAGCGCAAGCACGGUUUUCUUGCCCGGAAGAGGAGCCUAAAUGGUCGGAAGGUCUUGGCUCGGCGUAAGGCAAAGGGGCGCUUGUAUCUCUCGCAUUGA